UUUAACAAUCUGCAGUUGCUAGCAAUCCAAAUAUAGUUUUUUAAGAACGAUUCCGUUAAAUCUUCAAGUUAAGCGAAAAUAGUUUAAUAUGGAAGAUGAAGCAUUGAAUUUAUCACUCAUCAAUUUAGUAAGAAAAUAUGAGUGCUUGUACAAUCCAGAUCAUAACAAUUACAUGAAAAAAUCGAAAAUUGAUGCUGCUUGGAAUAUUAUAUCAAAUAAACUGAAUAAGCCUACUGGUUGGUGUAGAGCAAAAUGGAAAAAUAUACGAACUGUAUAUUCGCGACAUAUACGUGAAGAAGUGUUAGGAGGGGUAAAUAAAAAGAGAAAAUACUAUUUAAGUGAGGCAAUGGAUUUUAUUGUACCAUAUACAAAGUUUAGUCGACAAACUGAAAAUUAUAUAUCAGAUAUAGUGAAAAACGAAACAAUCGAAUAUUUAAACUCUGAUGAAAUUCCAUUUUCAGAUUCCAGUAAUUAUUUUCAAGAAACUAAUUUCAGUAUACAAAAAUUGCAUGAACAAGCGGUAUCAGAAGAUAUUGACAAUUGUCAAAAUAAUAGAAACGACGAUAAUGGUUUUCAAAGCUUUUUCAUGGGUAUCUUGCCAGACAUAUCGCCUCUAAAUGCAAAACGCAAAAGAUUCUUAAAAAUGAAAAUUUUGGAAUUAAUCAAUGAAUUAAAUGAAGAACAGGAAUCUGAAGAACAUUUUAUUUCAUAUGAAAGUGAAGAAUCAUUGUAAUUUAUGGAAAUUGAAUGCAAGGAAUACAAAUAUGAGUAGGAGUAGGAGUUAUCUUCUGCUUACUGAUUAAAUAUAUAAGCAUUAAAAGUACUUAUAUUUAUAGCUUAUGCGUGUGAUAUUGUUCUUACUUAUAUUUAUUAUUGCAUUAAUAAUA